AGGCCCCACUCCCUUGUUGGAUACAGUGAAGCCCGAGGCCUGGCUGUCCAGUGGCCCCCCUCCUGGCCCUGGCCGUCUGCUGCUGGUGUGCCACGUCUCAGGAUUCUACCCAGAGCCUGUGUGGGUGAGGUGGAUGAGAGGUGAGCGGGAGCAGCCUGGCACUCAUCAAGGGGACGUCCUGCCCAAUGCUGAUGAG